AUGGUUUUGGAACCAGGAGGUGGUCUGUCGUUCCCACCGCCUCCUGUUGGAGGAACAGCCAGCACUGGUGGCUCACUGCUGGCUCCAGCAAGGCUGUUCCAGAGGGCGACACCUGUAUUUCCGUUUCACCUGGGAUGGCCACCACAUCAUGCUGUACUUGGCAAUGUACAGAGUCAGGUGCAACAGACAAUGCAGGCGCAGCAUCAGGCCGCUGCUGCUGCUGUCAGAUUUCUCAGUCAUCAUCAUCCACAUCAUCCACAUCCGGCGCUCGGGAGUCAUCCACUGGUGCCGGGUAUGACAGCACAUCAUCCAGGAGCACAUCAUCUUCAUCAUGCUGGUGAUCAUCCCGAUGACGAUGACGACAAAAAAGGUUGUGACGGUGAGUCUGACGAAGGCGGAAGCAAGAGAAGAAGAAGCCGUACGAAUUUCAAUAGUUGGCAGUUGGAGGAGCUAGAACGUGCAUUCCUCUCGAGCCACUAUCCAGACGUUUUUAUGCGGGAAGCGUUGGCUGGGAGGCUUGACCUGAAGGAGAGCCGUGUUGCGGUGUGGUUUCAAAAUCGUCGAGCAAAGUGGCGCAAGAAGGAGCACACGAAGAAGGGUCCAGGUAGGCCAGCGCACAACGCUCACCCCCAGAGCUGCAGUGGCGAGCCAAUUCCCCCUGAAGAGCUGAGAAGAAAAGAGCGAGAGAGGCGGCAGAAGAAGCUGCUGAAAGCCCUCGAGAGACAGCAGCGAAAGCUGGCGGCCAAGGGCAUCUCUGUGGACCUCUCAACGCUGAAAGCCGACUGGGAAGCGAGGAGUGCAGCGGCGUCGAGCGGUGGUUUAAACGGUCAUCUGAGUGGAUCAUUCGGUCAAUUGGGGGGUUUGAACGAAGGUAGCAGUGUCUCUGGCUCCGGUAAUGACGUCAAUGAGGAGAUUGAUGUGGUUGGGGGCUUGGACUCGUGUUCUGAGAGUGGUAGUGAGCGAAUGGACUCGGCAGCGGACGGUUCGAUCGAUGGUGAGUGCUACUCGAGGCUUACGAUUGAUCAGAGUGACCACGGAAGGACGUCACACUCAUCAGUGGAGCAUCAGAGUCCAAAGAGUGGAUUGAGCAUCAAUUUGGAUCUCAAUCAUCAGCAGGGAAUUCGUCGCUGGGGCUUGAGCCUCCUCGAGCGACGGAGGGAACUCGUCAGUCUGAGCAACAGCGUUGCGAGGAGAUCGACGGAGAGUCCGCGAAGUCUAGUGAGAAGUCCCUUGGAUAGAAAUGACGACGAGGUGCAGAGUGGCAGCAUUGAUCUGUCGGUGAAAGGAAGAGAGGACAGGAGGAGGCUCAAUCCUUUCUCGAUCGACAGUCUUCUUGGGAAUAAUCGAGCCAUUACACCCAGGGACGAUCAGAAUCGCUCAUCAACACCCAGUAAUCUCACCAAUGGCAGGCAAUCUAGUUCACCAACAUCACCAAUAUCCGUACCAACGUCACCAUCCACCACGUAGUCCUGUUUUAGUAACGAUAAUAGGAGGUUUAUGCAACGAUUUAUCCAUGGAGACUGAUUUAAUAUCACUAUUCGACAUAUCUGCUCUGAGUGAUUGUCGAUGCCCCAGCCCCCCCCUCUCAGGCAACAAAUGUUCAGUGUGCAAUAAGGAAGUGAGUGUGAUGAUUACGAGAGAGAAUCGAUAAAUCGACAUUGACUCUGAGAGUUUAACAAUGAUCGAGUGUAUUUAUAAUGUAAAUAGUCGAAGGAUUUUUAAUUUAAAAUGAAAACGUGUAAACAGAUGUUAUCGCGGGAGUUAGGUGUUAGAAGUUUCAUGGAAAUGAUUAAAGAUGGGGGGGAAUUAAUUUAAUGAGGUAGAGGAUGAUGUUAGCCUGAUUGCCGUGUACAUAGAUUCGACGUAGGGCAUGAAGUGAAUCAGGAUAAUGAAAAUUGGAUGAUACCAUUGUUUAAUGAACACUAAAAGAAAUAAUUUCCUGUAAACCUUUUAGAGAGUGAAAAUGAGCGAUGAAAAUUGUGCAAAUUGUGGUAAUUGAUAAGUAUUUGUUUUUUCUGGAGGAAAAAUUGAUGAAAAAAGGAGAGAUUUAAGAGAUGCCAUAAAUGCCCAUGACGUGCAAAAACACAAAACAUUACCAAUAAUAUCCAAUUAUAAAUAU